AUGCAACUCGGAACAGCGUUGAUGGCACCUCGCUCUGUUCUUGUCCUGCUCUUUAUAACCCUCAUUCUCCUUGUGCUGGAGCUUGAAGCUCAAACCGACUAUACCAUCACAUCGUUUUCUUCAGAAGUAAGUUUUGGAACAGAGACUUUGUAUUCAUGCAGUGUGCAUGUGGUUGAGAAUGUUGAGUAUGCAUUUCAUGGAUCCUAUUCCACUGUGUCUCGCGCUGUUCCAUAUGGUGUUGCUGAUGACAUUCCAUCGUCGUUAGUGAAAGUAGAAGUAUUGACUCCUAAUUAUAAUGUGUCCUCCACGAGUAUUGACCCUAAAAAGUUUUCCUUUGACAUUGUCAGUACCUUCUAUCCAGCUACACCUUCUGGAGUCACGACAACAAUCAAAAUUCGAAGAUCCUACAUUGCAAAAGGCCCAGUAACGAGGGAUGACAAACAACACAACGUUGUGACAUACUAUUACAAAGAAGCAUGCGAUGUCUCCAAUUUGAAUGUGUCAUUUGUCUUUGAUAGCUCCCUCAACUUGAAUUCAAACAAUUUAACUGCUAUGAGUGGAGGAUUGGUCUAUGGAACAACAGUCAUGUUUUACAAAUCAUUCUCAAGUUCCAAUGAUGAAUUUAUUCCAUAUGUCACUUUCCCAAUUCGUUCUCAAUUUUCUUCAUGUGCUGCACCAACCACUCUUGUAGCCCUUAUUUUAGUAAUCGUUGCUUGUGUUUUAGCUGUUGUUACAACUGCCGUUAUUAUCAAUGUAGCAUAUAUUAAGAUUUUCCUGAAGGUAGGAGAGAAGGCUUCAGAGGGUAGGAAUUUAUUGGAACACUAA